AUGUUUGAUAAUUCUGAAAGAGAAAGUCAAAGCUCCCCAAGUCCCCAUGCCUUCAGUGGGGAAGAGUUUGAGAGUGGUAGCCCUAAUGAAGACUUGGGUACUGAUGGGGAAAGUACUGAGUCUGAACGUGUGGUGGAAGGGCUAAUAGUGGAGGGAAAUAGGGUUGGGGGAGAAGAGCAGUCAAGGAGUUCUGGGGGGGAAGCUUAUAGGGAGAUGCAAAGGAACUAUGUGGCCCUAGAAGCUUGUGCAAACCGGGUGUUGGGGAUAACCCAGGCACCAGAGGCCAGUGGAAGUGGGCGGGCUGGGCCAUCGGGGUGUGGUACAGUGGUAGUAGCAUCCGCUGAUGUGGGUAUUCCAAUAGGGGUUCCACUACCGAAGAAAAAUAUGAUGAGUUUGUAUGAUCUAGAGUCACUGAAGGCAGACUAUGCGAUACCUGAUUGUGUGGGGCUGAGGUUGCCCAUACCUGCUGAAGCGGCUAGAUACCCUCCCGAGGGUUGGGUUAUGGUGUUCUCAGCUAUGUACAAACAUGGGUUGAGGUUACCAUUGCAUCCUUGGGUGCAAAUGAUGCUUUCCAGAUUGGGCUAUGCCCCUAGGCAGUAUAAUCCCAACUUCUGGUGUAUACUGCACGAGGUGUACAUAGCAUGGUGGUUGGCGAAACGAGGGGAGCCUACCUUUGAGCAGUUCAUGCAUCUGUACUCAGUGUCUAGGCAACAGGGCAACUUUGGCUGGGUGCAGUGUAGGCCAGUGUCCAGGGAGGAAGAGGAAGAGAUAGAGCUGGUGAGGAGACAGGUGACCCAGGAGGCGCGUGAGCUGAAGAAUAUUGUGACCCCAGCCCUUCUUCUACAGUCGGGGUUGCUUCAAGGAAUGGCUGAGGUACCGAAGAAGGUGGUGACCGUGGUUGAGACGUCACCGAAGGUAGUGGUGGAUCCGGAGGAGAGGCAACGAAAGUUGCAAGAGAGAAGAGAGAAAGAUAGGGCCAAUAGGGCCAAGAAGCAGACGAAGGGGGCGCCCAGUACUGCUGAGGGGACAGCAGCCCGGGCUGCUGGGAAGCGGCCUCGGACGGAGGAGGAUGAGCAGUUGGCGGAGCUGGAGAAGAAGCGGAGGGGACUCGAGUCUUCGAUCCAUGACGUCAUGGGUGGGACAGUGUUGCCGCCGUUUGACCUAGAUCCACCACCCAGGCUGUCGCUCGAGAUGGAGGAGCUAUUCCCUGCAGGUACCGAGGAUAUAGACUUUGCCUCGGUUCCACGGGAGGCGAAGGAGGUAACCUUGGCCAUGCAUCGCCAGGAAGUGCCUCUUGUCAACGCCUUCCUGAUUGGGGUAAAGAUUGAUGCUUGGGAGCUCGCUCGGACCAAGGCCACGGACUUCUCCGAUUGGGUCCAGAAGACGGUACUCUCUGCUGCCAAUGCUUUUGGGGAUAUGUACCUUACCCUAGCCAGGGCAGAGAGAGAGGUGGACUUGGCUAGACGCCAUUCCGAGACAGCCAAGGCUACUACCGCCGAGGCUCAGGCUGCCAUCCGGGAGAAGAAUGUGCUACAGCUGAAGGUGGGGAGGUUGGAGCGGGAGCUGAAGGAGACGACCCGGCGGCUGGAGGCGGUGGAGGAGGCUAGGCUCGAGUCUGAGAGGAGGAGGACCGAGGAGCUGAGCGUGGCUCGUGCCGAGGCUGUGGAGGAGUAUCAGGGCUCAGACAGGUUCAAGAGCCUCGUGCUGGACGCGAUGGUCGAGGAGCAGUAUGGGUGGGAGAAAUUGGUUGCGAGGUUUAAUCCAGGGUUGGAUAUAAACUUCGACACUAGUGGUGUUCCCCCUCCCAUUCCUUCUGGUCGGGAGUCACUGUUUGCGGCCACACCGUCUGCCGAGGCCACGAGUCCUUCGGAGGCUGAGACGCGGGGAGGUGCCGAUGCUAGCGGAGGGGAGUCGACCGUGGAUCCGGACACAGCUGCCCAGGAGGAGGUGGACGACCAUGCUGAUGCCUGA